AUGAAAGUCCUAAUCGCGACGAUGCCGUUCGCAGGGCACAUCAACCCCAUGCAACCCAUCGCGCUCGCCUUGACCCGCCGCGGCCACAGCGUAGCCUGGCUAACAUCCGAAUCCCACGCUCACCUCGUCCGCCCAACCGGCGCGACAUUCUUCCCCUCUCCGCCAUCCCUGGCGUCGCACGACACCGUGCCUCUCACGCCAGACGAAGGGUCCUCAGGCCUAGGCGCCGUAGUCUCAACCAUCCGCAAGCUCUUCCUCGACCGCCUCCCCGACCAAGUAGCCGCGUACCGCGCCGUGCUCGACGAAUUCCCGGCCGACGUGCUCCUAGUCGACCUCUGCGCUUACGGCGCGCACUGCCUCCGCGAUCUCACAGGCGUCCCGUACGCUACGCUGGGGAUAAACCCCCUCGUGAGCCUGGAUCCGGAGGUGCCGCCCUGGGGAACAGGAUGGCAGCCGCCGUCGACAAUCUUUGGGCGGUUAAUCAACGCCUCGGUGCACGCGGCGGCGAACUGGCUCAUGUACCCCAAACUCACGUCCGUCCUAAACUACCACCGCGCGGUGCUCGGGUUGCCGCCGCUGCCGCCGUCCGGGUUCUACGACAGCACGAGGUCGGACGCGCUGCACAUCAUGCAGACGACGCCCUCGUUCGAGUUCCCGCGGGCGAACCUGCAUCCCGGCGUCAGGUUCAUUGGGCCGCUCCUGCCGCUCUUCAACGACGACGACGUGAGCCCCCUCCCUAGCUGGUGGGACGAGAUGUUGGCGCACCCGCGCGAUAAAGUGGUGCAUGUGACGCAGGGCACGUACGCGACGAACUCGGCCAACCUCAUCGACCCCACCAUCUCGGCGCUCGGCGCCAGGUCCGACCUGCUGGUGAUCGUGACGACGCCCGACGCGGACAAGUUUGUAGGCGCAGGGAAACUCGCUUCCAACGCGCGCGUGGCGACUUUUGUGCCUCAUGGGAAGCUCCUCCCGCACGUGGGGAUAAUGGUCACGAACGCAGGGUACAACGGCGUCCUCGCGGCAUUAUCUUGUGGUGUCCCGUUAGUCUGCGCCGGCCGGACCGAGGACAAGGCUGACGUUAGUGCCCGGGUGGCGUGGAGCGGGGCCGGGAUCGAUUUGGGGACGGAUACGCCGUCCGAGCAGGCUCUUGGAGACGCGAUAGACAAGAUCAUUGGCCAAGAAAAGUAUCGCAAGGCGGCGGAGAGGAUACGUGACGAUUUCAAAGCGCACGACGGGCCCAAGGAGGCGGUCGAUCUGCUUGAGGAACUUGUUGAGCGAAGUCGGAGAUGA